AUGCAGGAGGCGACGACACGCACGCUGGGACCAAGCCCCGCCUGCUGUCAAGAUGUACUGAGCCGUCUCUCGCAACGUCUCGCCCGAGUUCUCGAGGAGGUUGAUAGGUAUCACCACCACCACCAGCAGCAGGAGCAGCAACAACGCCGUGGCGAGGAGGGGAAUGCCACUGCUCUUGGGAACGGAUCGGCGGUUUUGUCGCGGCCGCCGCUGCAGGUGCGCCACCGCGUGGAUGCGCUGCGUGCGUCCCUGCGUGAGCGGAAGACGCUCAACGAGUCGGUGGACGCUGUGAACACAUUGAUGGAGCAGCUGGCGACGGAGUCUCUCAUUGAUCUGCGCAGCACUUCUGAGACAUGUGUGCGUCGUGCUGCUGACGCCGGCGAUUCGUGUAACCGUGAUGUGGCCAACGAUGUCUGCACACACAACAGCCACAGGAACAGCAGCGAUGCAUCGAUUGCAGACGAAGGUGGCGCACAGCAACAAGAGUUGACGGCCCGCCGCCUAGUUUGGUUGCGCCAGCAGUCGCACCGCCACAGAGAUGAGUUCCGCGAGCUGCGCCAACGCGCGUCAAGGGCGUAUGAAACGCUUCGCCCGCUCAUCGACGGUACUGCAGAUGUGUGUGCUGGCGUGUUCUCUGCGUGCGCUGACGACAGCAGCGACCCCUCUGAGCUGCACGCACUCUGCCGCAGCAACGGGGUGCGUGCACGGCGUCUGCAGGAGCGGCUGGCACGGGUGCUGGAUACAUACCGGCGGGUAGUUGCGCGCAGCAACCUUGAAAUGUGUCGGUUGGAUUUGGAGGUGCAGGCGUUGGAGCAGCAGUCGCUACAGCCGGAGGACAUGUUGCUGCAGCGGUGA